CGUGAUCCAGCGAGCCCGGCUGUGCCCACUGCGCUGCCCAGCCCGGAGGCCAAGCCUCCAGGCUCCUGCGGUGCAGCCUCGGUGACCCGGAGCCCCGCGGUGCGCAAGCCGGGCUAGCGUGACCCCGGCCGUGGCGUGGCGUGCGGGGAGGAGCCGUCCCGUGGCAGGACGCUCAGUCCGGGUGCGAGGGAAGUUGUUCGAUGCGUGAGGACCAUGGUGAAGCUGAUUCGCACACUGGCAGAUCACGGUGAUGACGUCAGUUGCUGUGCCUUCUCGCCUUCCCUCUUGGCUACCUGCUCCUUGGACAAGACCAUCCGCCUGUACUCCCUAAGUGACUUAGCGGAGCUGCCACACUCCCCGCUGAAGUUUCACACCUACGCUGUCCACUGCUGCUGUUUCUCGCCCUCGGGACACGUUUUGGCAUCAUGUUCAACAGACGGUACCACGGUGCUGUGGGGUGCGCACAGCGGACAGUCCCUGGCCGUGAUGGAGCAGCCCGGUGGCAGCCCUGUGCGCGUUUGCUGCUUCUCCCCGGACUCCGCAUACCUGGCAUCGGGGGCCGCUGACGGAUCUGUUGUUUUGUGGAAUGCACAGUCAUACAAAUUGUAUAGGUGUGGUAGUGUCAAGGAUGGCUCCCUGGUGGCCUGCGCGUUCUCUCCUGACGGAAGCCUCAUCGUCACCGGCUCCUCGGGUGGAGACUUAACAGUGUGGGAUGACCGCAUGAGGUGUCUGCACAGCGAGAAAGCUCAUGACCUCGGAAUUACCUGCUGUGACUUCGCCCCACAGCCCCUUUCUGGUGGAGAACAAGGCUUUCAGUUUUACCGAUUGGCAUCAUGUGGUCAGGAUUGUGAAAUCAAACUCUGGUUUGUCUCCUUUACCCGUGCCUUAGGCUUUGAAUUAAAAUAUAAAAGUACGCUACGUGGGCACUGUGCCCCUAUUCUGGCUUGUGCUUUCUCCCACGAUGGGCAGAUGCUUGUGUCAGGGUCAGUGGAUAAGUCUGUCAUCAUAUAUGAUAUUGCUACUCAGAGUGUGCUUCACACAUUGACUCAGCAUACCAGGUAUGUCACAACAUGUGCCUUUGCACCCAACACCCUUUUACUUGCUACUGGUUCAAUGGACAAGACUGUGAACAUUUGGCAGUUUGACCUGGAAACACCUUACCAAGCAGGAGGCACGAAAGAUCAGCUGAAGCAGUUGGUUGAAGACUGGUCAGAGGAGGACGUCUCAACGUGGCUUCGCGCUCAGGGCUUGGAGGACCUCGUUGGUAUUUUCCAGAUGAACAACAUCGAUGGAAAAGAACUGCUUCAUCUCACAAAAGAAAGUCUGGCUGGUGAUUUGAAAAUUGAAUCCCUGGGGCUGCGCAGCAAAGUGAUGAGGAGCAUUGAAGAGCUAAGGACCAAGAUGGACUCCCUUUCUUCUGGAAUCCCCGAUGAGUUUAUCUGUCCAAUAACCAGAGAGCUUAUGAAGGACCCCAUCAUCGCGGCAGAUGGCUAUUCCUAUGAGAGAGAAGCAAUGGAAAAUUGGAUCCACAAAAAGAAACGCACAAGCCCCAUGACAAACUUGGUUCUUCCUUCGCUGGUACUGACACCAAACAGGACUCUGAAAAUGGCCAUCAACCGAUGGCUGGAGACUCAUCAGAAAUGAACUGCAUCAUAUAUGGCAUUCCCAAUAUGGGAGAACUUAUGUCCAGUCAGCCCGCCCGGUACCUGCUACACCACCAGCACCGGAUCUGAAUCUGUCACACAGGACCUGAAGUUCACGGUGGCGGUCUGUACUGGCCUCUCAAAUGCCUGCUGAAGUAGUUCCCAGGAGCGGAGCCAUCAGUGAGAGGCUCACUGCAACCAAACUGCCAGGGCAGGGAGCAGAACUGUCUUUAGCCUUUAUCCUGUUCGCUCAGGCCCCCAAACAAUCACAAAGUAUCCAAGAACAACAGAAUGAAGAAUUAAAGCCUUACUCUGGGAAUCAGGGGUACGUACCGGGUCAGUGUUUGACAAAGCCUCUCAUUAACUAACAUUUAUUCUUGGUCAGAAUGGCGAAUCUCUGAACAAGCCCAGACCAUAAAAAUACUGCCAGCAGGACUGCAUCAGAGAGCACUUUCAAAACGCAGCACCGAAUUAUGUUAGUCCGGGGUGUGUAAGGACAAACGUCACAAGGCACAUACUUCCUGCCUAUGUGCACUCCUGGGCAAGCAAGCUUGUUCACAGAAGGGAAAGCGCAGGGUUUGUGAAGACCAGGCAAUUGUAAGAAUAGCCCCCAGCAUUCUGGAAGUUACCUGCAUUGGGCAAGUGGGUCUUACAGGUUAGAGGCAUUUUUGUUUUAUAAUUCUCUCAAUGUUCAC